AUGAGGCCGUGGUUGCUGCUGCUGGCCCUGCUUGUCUCUGACCUGAGUCCCCUUGGAGAUGGGGACUGGGUCAUGGAUUACAACUGUUGGACUUUAUGCAGAAAAUUGCUUAGGAUGACUCUCCUAGGACUGAAGAUACUUCAGACCCAAACUGAACCCCAGUGCAUGUGCAUCCAGAGAAACUGUGUGUAUGUUGCUGUGCAGCACAAACAGAGAAUCUUCUCCUUUUACUGGACACACAUAGCUCAUCAUGGAUGCAGUUUGUCCCAUCAGGAGUUUACAAGAAGAAUCCAUAGGAGUCAUAUCCGAGCACUGGUUGUUUCUCUCCUUCAUGGAAAGGGAAAAAGUGUUUCAGCAUUUCUGGUGAGGUCAGAUUACCUCCCAGCGCUGCAUAUUAUUAGUGAAAGCCGUCAUAUUGCCACGGAUAAAGAUCAUCCUGAUUCAGGGUCUGCAUGGGCACUGAAUCAUUACACAGAUGCCUCAGGCCGCAAUUUUCAAGCUUUCUUACUGGAGAAAUCCAAGAGCUGGGCACCCGCCAUCAUUGUGCAGAAAAUGCUGACAAAGAGAAACUGUGCUGCUACAAAUGUGAUUAUUUCCUGCUGUUUUAUAGAGGGUGAAAUAAGAUCAGCAAUGAACAUCAAGAAAUUAUUCAAAGAACAGAUUGCACAACCACAAAUUAGACUAAAAAAGAGCACACUGCGAGGGAUCGACAUUAAAGUCCCCAAGAAUUAUGAUGGACAAAUUGUAGUCAGUCGACAUGACUUUUUCCGAGCUGCUACUCUGCACUCUGGCAGCUCUUUAAUGAAAACCUCAGAUAGAUCACAAGUAGGGACACUUAGAAAUUCAGUCAGAAUUAUAAAGAAAAUUGAACAUUUGAACUUGUUGCAAAAAAGCACUCAGAAGCAACAUCCUUUAAAGGCUGCAUCCAGUGUGCAUGAUGAUGGAUUUUAUGGUGAGAAGCAACUCUUGUUGGGAUCUAGAGAGAAGACAGAAUCCUUAAAUAGACGGCAGCACAAGAUAAAGGCUUCUCGUGGUGAUAAUAAAGAUUUUAGUGGGAUGAUAAUCACAAAACAGGCCGAGUUUGGACGCCCGGAGGGGGAAAGUGAAACAGAACACUCACAUACAAAUACUAUUGAAAAUGGAAACCAGAAAAGAUUAGCAUACAUCCUACAAGCCACCCAUAAAACAGAUAAUAAUGAUGUUGAUCACAAGCAAAUGCUCAGUGAGGCGAGAGAAGUCUUAUUAAUGUUAUUCCUUGCAGACACAGAGAGGGAGACACAAACAGAACCAUCACAGCAAAGAAAACUUAUUCUGAACACAGACACUGGGUGGGAAACAGUGAAUAUACCCAUAAAGGAGCUUGAUGACCCCCCGAUCAGGACUAAAGUUAUAAAGGAAAUCUUUAUUAUUGAAGCGGAGUGCUUGAAAGAAGGCCUGUUUUCAUUAGAAAUGUAUGCGCUAGAUAGAGCAGAGAGAAAAGAUAUAAAACCAGCAGAAAGUAAAGUAACUCCAGUGUCUGCACAUACUGAGGCGCAGGUCAAAGAAACUGAAGGGAAAAUAGAACACACAGAGACUAAUAAUACCCCUCAUAAAAAUAUGGGCAUAAAUCAUAAUAAACAAGAGGAAAAUGUGCCGUCAGAAGAAUCAGUCAUACCUUCACCUCCCUCACUCAAAAUGACGGAGACAGAAACGGCAAAAACAGAGGAUACAGCCGAGACAACUCCAGUAAACAUGGAGAUAAAAGAGACAACGUCAAGUAUGGAAAUCUUCAAUCAAGGCAGCACACGAAAAGCAGACAGACUGCCAAGUACAGAGACCCCAAGGAUGACAAUGAGUCCAGAAUGUAAGAGUGACGCAGAGCCCAGAUUUAUACAAUGUAAAACUGGGAAUAUACAAACUACAAUUGAAAAGUCCUUCUCAGGCCUCAGGAUGAGACAGGACAUCCCAGCAGAUACAAACAAACUUCAUGAAGGCACAGGGACUGAAGACGGAGCUGUAACUGACAGACAAGAAGACCAAAAUGAUCCAAAAGCGAGCUCAUUUACAUUUGCAAAACCUUUACAAACAAUCCACAAACAAGCUGCAGACACACUCGCAGAGAAUACAGAUGACAAUAUGCCACUCUGCAGGGGUUUAAUACAUCGAACUGAGGCUGGGUGGAAACACUGUAUGGAGAGAUCUGCAGGAACAGGAUCAAAUACGUUUUCCUCAAUGGAACCCAUGGAUGCAUUUAAAAACACAGGAGAGCAGGAGACAGAACAUAUCAGAGGCCAAAAAGACAGUCUUCCUAAUGAUGAUGAAUACGACCAUUUCUAUUAUUUUGAUGGAGUACUUAGGAGAGUUCGAAAUAAUUUUUACCCCUAUUACAAGAGACAAAGGCGGCAAAAAAGGAGCCAUGAUAACACAGAGAAUAGUGUUUUUACUCAUGAAAAUCUCCUCAGUUAUAUCCAACGCCUGACGUUAAGGAAUAAGGCCAGUCACUUCAAAUGAUCCAGCACUGAAGAUGAAUUAAAUACACGGAGUGACUGGGGGACAUGAACCUUCUAAAACAUUUAAAAAUGCAGAAUGCAGACACACACUCAGGGAUUAAUAAUGCUGUUGUCUAUUUUUACUUGCUGGCAAGUAAAUGAGAGGCAAUAUCCUGAUUGAAGAUUUGAGUCUGUCUUCAAAGAAAGUCAUCAACUCAUCAUCAUCAUCAAAACAGAUGUCAGAAUAACUGUGUGAAGGUGUAGAAAAUAUGAAAAGCAUGAUGUUUCUUCAUGUGUGUUUGUAAGAAUUCUGACUGUACUGACACUUUGAGACCUGAUAUUUAUGUCCAUGCCUGUCAAUCCAAUUCAUUAUACCUUACUGUGUACUGUGUACUUGUGCUUAAGUGAUUGCUGAGACUGCAUACUGUAAAAAGAACCCAUUUAAAGGGACAGUUCACCUCCAAAAUCAAACAUACAUAUUUUUCCUCUCACCAGUAGUGCUAUUUAACAAUACACAUUUCUUUGGAGUGAGUUGUUAAGUGUUGGAGGUAUUGCUCUUCUCUUGAAUAUAAUGGAACUAGACCGCACCAAAGAAUUAGAGUUCAUGAGUAGAUGCACUCUUCCUUCUGUGCAGUGAUGUGGUUGGCAGGUGUAGUUUGGCAGAAAAAAAAAUGUUCCUACAUGAAACUGCUCACAACAAGCUCUGUGGAUUAUCUUGAGUAACUUAGUCAUGAUUUCCGGAAAGAGACAUUGCUGCUGAGUUUUUUCAAAUGUAUUUUUGGGUGUUUUGAGCACCACAAGAGUGCCAUCUAGUCUAUUUUAUUCGAGGGAGGGCAGUCACCUCUGCAGUCUAUAUCUCCAACACUUGGCAACUCACACUAAAAAAAUCUAGACUGAUAAAUAGUACCAAGAGAAGAAAAUGAAUAUGUAUUUUUGAUUUCAAGGUGACCCAUCCCUGUAAAUCAAAGUAGUAAAGGCUACUAGUAUAAAUAUGCACUUGGAAACAUUUUCUCCCCUGGCAUAGGUAGAGCUAAAUGGACUGCAGCCCUUAUUAUUAUUUACACACACACACACAGUUCAACUCUCUAUCCUUGAACUUGUAUUUAUGUACUACUUUUGCCAAAAAUGUUGUAUACUCUCCUUGUACAGAAUAUAAACAUUAAUUUAAGAAGAGAUGGUUGCACAAAUAUUUUUUUCAUGCUGCUCUAAGAGGAACACAAUGGCUUUAUGGCUGACAUUUUUCAGUAGCAUUUAUGUGGCAUUGACCUUAUAUACCUUACAUGUUCAUAAUCAGUUACAGCCAGUUCUAAGGAUUUGAUGGGUAUGCUUCUUGAUUGUAUUUAAGUCCAUGUUACUGUAUGAGUUAAUAUAAUGUAUAAUGUAACAUCUGUAAUAGAGAAUGACCCUUCUUUCUCAAGAUCUCAAGAUAAUUCUGUUAAUACCAACAUUGUGACAUGUAGACAUUGUAGUUAGAACAUUUAACUU